GCCAGAAAGUAUCAUAUGUAUAUGUCGUAGCAGCCAGUACGGGGAACCCAUCUACUAAUGAAGCUUCGAUAUAUCAUUGGCCCGAGCCCGAGAUCAGAAAGCCGAGCUUAUUGCCUUAUGUUCAACGAUAGACGAGAGUUACAUCGGUAGAUCCACUUAGACUUGCUUAAGUACUAGCUAUAUGCCGUUCGUCAUGUUCGCAAAGAAUCUUCUGAAAAUCCUACUGCUCAACUAUGUUUGCUAAAUCAUCCCUCUGGUUAUAUGUGCCCACACUAGUUCUCACGCUCGCCUCCGACAUAAGCGGCCAUGAAGUCUCUUUACUUUCGCAAUCAAUGACCUGGAUGGACUCAUAUUACGACCCGAAAGCCGCAUACCUCUACGCCACCGCUCUAAACCACGAAACCCGCUCCUCGGCAUGGUACGCCGCUGGUCUUCUCGCACGAAAUAACACCUCGGACGCAUUGCAAGCAAACAGAAUUAUUCGCGCUGUUAUCGCAGGCCAAUAUAAAGAUCCCUCGAAGCAAUGGUUCGGCACAUAUCAGAAAUACCCGGAAGAGCCGCCCGUCGGAUCGAAUGCGUAUCCCGCCGUGAUGUACAGCUCCUGGGACCCGAACUGGCGCGGUUUCAUAGGAUCCACCUUCAUCGUAAUGCUCGAGGAGUUCUCCGAAUUGAUCGAAGAGCGGACGCGGGAUCUGAUGAUGGAGAGCUUGACGAACGCGACGGUGGGUGAUAGCUAUCGUGUCGGAGGCGUCGACGACGACAACCUUUACCCAUCAUACAGUAACCCGGCCAUCAUGCGCGCCUUCGUGUCCGGCUGGACAGGCCGACGAACCGGCGACGCAAACAUGACGCGCGCGGGCGAAGUCGAAGCACAAUCCAUCGUCGACUUGUUCAACAGAGACAAUACGCUCAGCGAAUUCAACUCCGGCACGUACGCGGGUGUGAGUCUGUUCGCGCUCACGCUCUGGGCCAAAUACAUGGAUGUCGACAGCGUGAUGGGCCAGAACGCGGAACGCAUGAUUCGGUAUACGUGGGCGAGUAUUGCGAGUCUGUAUAAUGCGGAGCUGCGUAAUGUGGCGGGCCCGUGGGAUCGCACGUAUGGGUACGAUAUGAACAGAUACCUGAGCAUCCUGGCGCUACAUAUCUGGACGAUCGUGGGCAAGGAGAGGGCGCCGAUUGCGGAGAGGCCGUUUGUGAUGAGCCACGAAGGGGAUUUUGCGAUUGCGCCGCUCAUUGCGAUCCUUGCGCCGUAUCACAACAGUCUUUUGAAUGAGAGUACGAUCGCUGCGUUGACGACGUUUCCGGGCACGCAUACGGUGCAUACGUCGGCGUUCUCGCCGCCGUGGGACGUGUAUCCGCGGAACAUCACGACGUACAUGUCCGCCAGUUUGACUAUCGGUGCCGAGUCCUUCUCGGAGGAGGUAAUAGGAGGUCCGUCGAAGAAUAGCGCGUCUUUUAAUCCAGCGGUCGCGCAAUGGAAGCGCCGCGACGGGAGUGUAGGGUGGCUGAGCUUGUAUGCCGAGGUCGAGGAGCUGGCUGUUACCGUUGGAGAGGCGUAUAUGGACUUGGCGUAUCCAAGAGGGAAUAGCUCGUCGCGGUUUACCUUUUUGGUAGGGGCGGGCAGAGAACAAAAUGUGCAAAGUUGGGACGAUGUGGACGGGGUGGCGAUUAUGGUAACGGGGAGCGUAGCGACUGAGUAUGCUGUAUCGUUCAAUGGUGAGAAUGGAGGGGCGGGAAAACCUAUUAAGUGUGUCUCAAUACUAUGAAACGGAGAGCUUGCUAACACCUGACAGUGAUUUCGACUUCUGGAACAUCACGUAUGCGAUGCCCGGUAAUAGUACAGUCAUGCCGAGGAUACGACUAGACUUGAAACUUGAGCAA